UUGUACUUCUUGGCGGAAGAGUUGCAUGGAGUAGUGUCACAAGCCAAACCAUUUUAAGGAAGAAGUGGGCUUUUUGAUUUUGUCAAGGUACUAUUUUUUUGGGGGGGGGGGAUUUUCUUUUUACCUUGUUUUUUCAACCCCAUCCAGUUUGUGGCGGCAAUCCACUUUUUGGGGUUGUUGUCCGAAGAAGAUUUCUUGAACACGCUCUUUGACGUCAUCGUGGCAAUGCUGUUCCAUCCGGAGAAAUGAACUGGCAUCAUCAGCACAAUCCUCUCAGCGCCUAUUGAUUUUCCUCUCAUGUUGACCACCUCCUCCGCAGCAGCCAACCCUGAGCUGUGAGUCAGAAGAGAAGCUGGACGGAUGACGAGCAUGACUUUGAGCCAGUCCGCAGAUGCAUGCAUGUGCACAGGGCCCAGUGCCAUCCCCCCUGCUUCCCGGCUUUGAAGCUGCCUCUGAGAGGGGGUGUGGCGUCGGGACGUAGCUAGACCCUCGCACCCCCAGUGUUGGCCGUGUGACACUGUGGCUGAGCGUCAGCCUGGCGCCCCCUGAUGGAUCAGGCUAGCAGUGAGCAGAGUCCUGAGGAGCCGGAGGUGGGCCGAAGGGCGUCUGAGUCAGAGCACGGCCUGUCCAAAAUCACCCAUAAUGCACUGGAAAACAUGGGCGCGCUGGGCCACGGCCUGAAGCAGCUCUUCCAGCCGCAGCGCCGCCGCUCGUCCGUCUCCCCGCACGACGCCGCCACCUCCGUCUCUAUGGGUGGGCCUGCCCCUGAGCCCCCGGACGGUGGGGGUACAGAGGUUGGGGACUUUCCCGCCCCCGGUCCGGACUCUGACCCCCACGCUACUUCCUCCACUCACCCUGCAGCUCUGAGCCGCGUUCUGCAGCAGAUCAGAAGCGCGCCCCCAAUGAUAAAGCGAGGGACCAGCCUGCAGAGCCGCCGCAGCAAGACUGGGGGGACUGGGGACCCCCCCCAGAAAGGCAGCCCCCAGAUCCACCGGAGGAGUACCCAGGAGGUGAUGCUGCUGCAGGAUGGCCGCCCGCGCUCCUCCUCCACCACGGACACGCUCACCAGCCCCACCCUGGCCGACAUGCUGCUCACAUCUGGGUACCACUCCACUGAGGAGCCUGACCAGGUGAGUUUAACCCCAACCGACAUGCUGCUCACAUCCGGGUACCACUCCACUGAGGAGCCUGACCAGCUGGAUCGUCUGGACGGCUCUGGCCCGGCCAUAUCGCCCAACGCUAUUUCCUAUGGAGCCGACAGCUACGGGCUGGACUCGGUGGACAGCACCCCAGACCCCCAGCGCACAAAACAGGCCAUCGCCCAGCUGCAGCAGAAGAUACUCAAGCUCACAGAGCAAAUCAAAAUGGAGCAGAGGGCCAGAGACGACAAUGUGGCAGAGUACCUGAAGCUAGCUAACAACGCAGACAAGCAGCAGAGUGCCCGCAUUAAACAGGUGUUUGAGAAGAAGAACCAGAAAUCAGCCCAGACCAUCCAGCAGCUGCAGAGGAAGUUGGAGCGCUAUCAGCGCAAGCUGAAAGAGGUGGAGCACAACGGGAUCCCCCGUCAGCCCAAAGACGUGCUCCGAGACAUGCACCAAGGCCUCAAAGACGUGGGCGCCAAGGUGACCGGUGGCCUCUCCAGCUUCUCCCACGCCACUCACUCUGCAGCUGGGGCUGUGGUGUCCAAGCCCCGAGAGAUCGCCUCCCUCAUCCGCAACAAGUUUGGCAGCGCCGACAACAUUUCGUCCCUGAGGGACUCCCUCGACGAACCCCAGGAGGAUGGUCACGGUCUGGUGGGGGCUUCCAGCCCAAAGUACGGCAGUGAGGAUGACUGCUCUAGUGCCAGCUCUGGCUCGGCAGGGGUCAACAGCGUCCCCGGGGGCCCGCCCAGCUCUAAGGGUCUUAACACCCUGGACCCCGGCCAGUCAUUGAGCUUGGACACGCUUCUCCACGAGGUUCAGGAGCUCCGGGACAACCAGGGUCGGCUGGAUGAGUCGUUCAACAGCCUGAAGAGUCACUACCAGAGAGACUACACCAUGAUCAUACAGGCCCUGCAGGAGGAGAGAUACAGGUGUGAGCGUCUGGAGGAGCAGCUCAACGACUUAACAGAGCUCCACCAAAAUGAGAUCCUCAACCUGAAGCAGGAGCUGGCCAGCAUGGAGGAGAAGAUCGCCUAUCAGUCCUACGAGAGAGCUAGAGACAUUCAGGAGGCGUUGGAGGCAUGCCAGACGCGGAUCUCCAAGAUGGAGCUGCAGCAGCAGCAGCAGCAGGUGGUCCAGCUAGAAGGCCUGGAGAACGCCACGGCCCGCACCUUGCUGGGCAAGCUCAUCAACGUGCUGCUAGCCGUCAUGGCCGUGCUCCUGGUGUUCGUCUCCACUGUGGCAAACUGUGUGGUGCCCUUGAUGAAGACGCGUAGCCGCACCUUCUCAACGCUGCUCCUUGUUGUCCUCCUCGCCUUCCUCUGGAGGAACUGGGAGGUCAUCUCCCAGUACUUGGACCGCUUCCUGUUGUCCCCGAGUUGAUCUGCAGGGGGGCCUCAAUGAACGACAACAGAGGUGCGGGGCUCUCAUAACAAUCAGGGAUGGUGACGCAGGGCCUGGCGGGACGAGAGGGGACUAACUAACCCAUGCAUUGCCUCUGCAACUGUAGUGGCUUAGUGGAAAGGAGGAGGAGCCAGGAUACCUUUCUCUCUCCAAGGAGUGAAUUUGUUUACAGGUGGAAGAUGUUUAUUGCAUUAGAAUUGAUUCAAGUGGUAUUGAAUUUGUUUCUUGAUAUUGCUAUCAUUAAUGCAGAUGAUUGAGGGCUUUCUCGUGGCUGGAUUUGGAUAAUGAACAGCUGGCAUUUUGCUGAUCCACAUGGCUAGUGUCGUCUUUUGCUAUUCCUUUUCUCUUUCUCUUACUCCGAUGUCUCUCUUCUCAAUCACCCCAGUCUGCUUGUCUUUCUGGGAGGAUUGAUAGACUAACUACAGUACACAGUUGUGGACAAAAUCUUUCUGGAUCAAGCAAUUGAUGGGUUCUCGAGCAGUGUGUUUUAUAUGGACAAGCUGAACGCAAUGAUGGGCCUGAUUGGAUAAGGACGCUAAGUCGGAAUAUGCUCAGCCCUGUUGGUCCUGCCCCCUGCAGAGAUGAACAUACUUGAAGAGCUGUAAAAAUGCUCAGACUGUGCUUCCAUACCAUUUCUAUUAGUGACAAUAAAAUAGGACUUAUUUAAAAAAAAAAAUGAAAGAUGGACUGGUCCUUGAGUCAAACCAUGACUGGGUGAUGUUUGUUUCCUUUCUCAAAUCGAGGUUCACAGCACUGUUUUAUAGAUCUCCUGGCUGACUAGAGAAUUUGAUCAAACUUCCAAGGAAAAAAGAACCAGCAGCACCCCAACGCCUUGAUCACACCAAGUGUCACUGCCCAAAAUGGUAUACAGCAUCUGGAUGUGCAACAUUCACCUACCAUUUAAUGCAUACUAUUUAUAAAUGCAAUGCAAAUGCA